GGCCAGCAGAGCUCGAUGAGAUCCGUGUAAGCGUUAAAGCGCCGACAUGACUGCGGACAGGAAUUCCGCAUGGUGUAAUCCUCGGAAUGGAAUGGAACAGGAUGACGUGGUGUUGAAGUGGGAUGGCUUGGUCGUGCUGCAAACCAAAUAUUAGCUCUGCAGCUGCACUGUUUUUCAAUUAAACUAGCUGAAUGCUCCUUCAGUCGUGCAUUAAAAUGAAAAUUUAAUCACGCCAACGGCCGUGGCUGCGAAAUGAAUCACAUUCGCUGACCUGAGCCUGAACCCUGAACCCCACGACUCGAUCCGCGGAUGGAAAAAUGCGAGGCUGAGGCCGUGGAGGCGCAUACGUAUUGUGAGGAAAUAUGUAAUUAAAUUUUUCUCCCGUAUGUCAUGUCUUCGCCUCGGCCACGCUCAUGCUUUUUUAUGAAGGCUUCAGGGGUAAUGGUGGUGCUUCAAACACAGCGGCUUCCAGGAAUUGGACAGUAAA